ACAUGGCGCAAACCUGAGCUCCUCCAACAUCACAGAUUGAAAAAAUGGCCCGCUACGCUGCAGCUCCUGCUCUUGAGACCAAAUCCGCUAAGGCUCGUGGUGAGUACCUCCGUACUCACUUCAAGAACUCUCGUGAAGUUGCUUUCACGUUGUCUGGCAUGAAGUUGAAGAAGGCUCUUGUUUUCCUUCAAAAUGUCAAGGACCACAAGCAGGCUGUUCCCUUCCGUCGUUUCAACGGUGGUGUUGGCCACUCUGCUCAAGGCAAGGAGUUUGGCGCUGUUCAAGCUCGCUGGCCCGUUAAGUCCUGCCAAUUCUUCGAGGGCCUUUUGAAGAACGCUGAGGCCAACGCUGAGGCCAAGGGUUUGGAUGUCGACAACUUGGUUGUUAAGCACAUUCAAGUCAACCAAGCUCCCAAGCAACGCAGACGUACCUACCGUGCUCACGGUCGUAUUACUCCUUACCUUAGUCACCCUGCUCACAUUGAGGUUAUUGUUGCUGAGGAGGAAGAGGCUGUCCCCAAGGCUGAGGAGAAGGCUGUCCGCAUUUCUUUGAAGCAAGGUGCUAAGGCCCGUAACUUGGCUGCCCGCAAGGCCAUCACUGCUUAAACUUUGAUGUUCGAGAAAUCUCUGCAAGUUUUAUGAGCUAAUUUCAUGUUCAUCGCGUUCAACAGAACUAGUCUAGCUACUCUGCCCAGUCCAAGCGGAUCGAUGCGAAUAAAACGAGCAUUUUGGUACAA